AUGGGAGUCGCAUUGAGCAGACUUUUCUGGGAAAAGGCUCCAAGAGAUCAUGGUCACGUAGCGCGACUUCCGGCUGCGCGCGGAGAACGCGAGGAUGGCCGCAGAACUGGACAAACGGAGUUGCAGGGCAUUUCCAAGAAUGCACAGAAGAAAGUCGCUCGCGAGAAACGCCUUGCCGACCGCAAGAAGGCACGCAAGGAAGAAAAAAAGCGACAAAAGGCACUCGUGAAGGUUCAAAAGAGGGCCGAACGGCAAGCCAGGUUUGAGAAACUUCCCGCGGAAGAACGCGAGCGGGCCAUCCAGGAAAGAGCCGCGGCGAUGAAAGCAGGCCGCGCGGAGGAACGGGAAAAGAGAGCAAAGGUAAAGGACGCCCUGCAGAAUCGUACGCGCUACUCAGUUUGCAUAGACCUGGGCUGGAACGAUCAAAUGUUUGAAAAGGAGCAGAGGAGCUUGGCACGGCAGUUGGCUUAUUCUUACAAUGCGCUGAGAAAGUGUGUGGAGAGCGAUAUGGUGCCACUCUCCAUGUCAAUUGCAGGCAUUGACGAUGUGAUUAAACCUGUUCUGUCAUUUUCAGCCCAGGGAUGGGAAACAUGGCCAGUCAAGCUCUCUGAGAACAGUCUACUGGAGACGCAUGAGAAGGAGAAAAUGGUAUAUCUAACUCACGAUGCCGAGGAUGUACUUCAGACCAUGGACCCAGACGCCAUUUAUGUUGUUGGAGGGAUCGUGGACCGCAACCGUUUGCGAUGCGCCACCAUGGACAAGGCUACGCGACUUGGAAUCAAGACGGCCCGCCUCAACCUGGAUAGAAACAUUUCAUUGCAACAUGGAACUCCAGUCCUAACAGUGAAUCACUGUGUUGAGAUUUUAGUCAACGCAGCAAAUGGAAUGUCGUGGCGUGAUGCAUAUUUGAAGGUUUUACCAGUCAGGAAAGGCAUCUCGACUGCAAAAUCGUCUGACCAUGAUCGAUAA